AUGCCGUCCAUCCACGUCAUCAAAUCCUCUGCCGCUACCAUGCCCAAAGACAAGUUGAGUCAGCCCAAGGAGACCUUUUCCGUCUUCAACGACGGCGACUCGGACGACCUCCUCGAGGAUAUAAAGAGGGAGAAGAAACCAAAGCGAGCCAAUCUCACCCCGGCCCCGCCAUCCUCGGCCUCGUCGACAACCAAGCGCUUCGAGAGCGCGACCAAGUGCAACUAG